CCGGGAGGCGGAGCGGAAGCCGAGUGCGAGGGACAAGCGGAGUAAAAUCUCCACAAGCUGGGAACAAACCUCGUUCCGACUCCCACCCCCCGGCCUUUCUCCAGCCCGAUCUGGAGGCUGCUUCGCCAGUGCGGGACGCAGCUGACGCCCGCUUAUCAGCUCUCGCUGCGUCGCCCCGGCUCAGAAGCUCCGUGACGGCGGCGACCGUGACGGGAAGCCCGCGGCAAGGUACUCAGUUCUCUUCUACUUUGGGAGAGAGAGAAAGUCAGAUGCCCCUUUUAAACUCCCUCUUCAAAACUCAUCUCCUGGGUGACUGAGUUAAUAGAGUGGAUACAACCUUUCUGAAGAUGAAGAAUAUACAAUAUUGAGGAGAUUUUUUUCUUUUUUCUUUCAAGUUUUGAUUUGUGGCUUGUCUCAAGUUACCACUUUUCAGUCAAGUCUGUUUGUUUGCUUCUUCAGAAAUGUUUUUUACAAUCUCGAGAAAAAAUAUGUCCCAGAAAUUGAGUUUACUGUUGCUUGUAUUUGGACUCAUUUGGGGAUUGAUGUUACUCCACUAUACUUUUCAACAACCAAGACAUCAAAGCAGUGUCAAGUUACGUGAGCAAAUACUAGACUUAAGCAAAAGAUAUGUUAAAGCUCUAGCAGAGGAAAAUAAGAACACAGUGGAUGUCGAGAAUGGUGCUUCUAUGGCAGGAUAUGCGGAUCUGAAAAGAACAAUUGCUGUCCUUCUGGAUGACAUUUUGCAACGACUGGUGAAGCUGGAGAACAAAGUUGACUAUAUUGUUGUGAAUGGCUCAGCAACCAACACCACCAAUGGUACUAGUGGGAAUUUGGUGCCAGUAACCACAAAUAAAAGAACGAAUGUCUCAGGCAGUAUCAGAUAGCAGUUGAAAAUCACCUUGUGCUGCUCCAUCCACUGUGGAUUUUAUCCUAUGGCAGAAAAGCUUUAUAAUCGCUGGCUAGGACAGAGUAAUACUUUACAAUAAAAGCUCUACACAUUUUCAAGGAGUAUGCUGGAUUCAUGGAACUCUAAUUCUGUACAUAAAAAUUUUAAAGUUAUUUGUUUGCUUUCAGGCAAGUCUGUUCAAUGCUGUACUAUGUCCUUAAAGGGAAUUUGGUAAUUUGGUUGAUGUGAUAAGCAGGUAGGUGAGUUUUGUAUAAAUCUUUUGUGUUUGAGAUCAAGCUGAAAUGAAAACUCUGAAAAACAUGGAUUCAUUUCUAUAACAUAUUUAUUUAAGUAUAUAACAUGUUUUUUGGACAAGUGGAGAAUAUUUAAUCAUUCUGUCAUUUGUUCUCAAUUGAUGUAACUGUUAGACUAAGGCUAUUUGAAAAUGUGCUUAUUUCUAGUACUAUAUUUUGUUAUUCCAAUUAUGAGCAGAGAAAGGAAAUAUAAUGUUGGAAGUAAUGUUUUGAAAUCUUGACCCAAAGAAUGUAUUCAUUUGCACUAUCCUUCAGAAUAACCGAAGGUUAAUUAUUGUUUAUUUUUAAAAAUUACACUUACAAGAGUAUAAUCUUGAAAUGGGUAGCAGCCACUGUCCAUUACCUAUCAUAAACAUUGGGGCAAUUUAAUAACAGCAUUAAAAUAGUUGUAAACUCUAAUCUCAUACUUAAAUUUUUCUUAUAUUCUGAAGAAUGAAAGAUAUUUUUAUGAUGAGAGUAACAAUAACUAAAUUAUUCAUGAUUUUUCACAUACAUGAAUGUUCUUUUAAAAGUUUAACCCUUUGAGUGAUGCUAUCAGGAAAGCACAUUAUUUCCAUAUUUGGGUUAAUUUUGCUUUUGUCCAGGAGGAAGGGACUUGGGAGACGAACUCUUGAGGACUUUAGCCAGAUGUAUAUAAUAAAGGUACUUUUGUGCUGCAUUAAAUUGCUUGGAAAAUGUUAACAUUAUAUUAUAUAAGAGUAUCCUUUAUGAAAUUUUGAAUUUGUAUAACAGAUACAUUAGAUAUUCAUUUUAUAUAAUGGCCACUUAAUUAAGAACAUUUAAAGUAUAAACUAUGAAGAUUGACUAUCUUUUCAGGAAAAAAGCUGUAUAUAGUACAGGGAACCCUAAUCUUGGGUAAUUCUGGUAUAAAACAAAUUAUACUUUUAUUUAAAUUUCCCUUGUAGCAAAUCUAAUUGCCACAUGGUGCCCUAUAUUUCAUAGUAUUUAUUCUCUAUAAUAACUGCUUAAGUGCAGCUAGCUUCUAGAUUUAGACUGUAUAGAAUUUAGUUUAGAUAUUGUAUUGUUCAUUAUUAUAAUAUGCUACCACAUGUAGUAGCAAUAAUUAUAAUAUUUUAUUAAAAUAUGUGAAAUAUUGUUUCAUGAAAGACAGAUUUCCAAAUCUCUGUUCUCUUCUCUGUACUCUCUACCUUUAUGUGAAGAAAUUAAUUAUAUGCCAUUGCCAGGUAGAAGUUUGGAAUAAUUGUUUAGUCUCUCCUAUUAGAUGUGGAAUUUUUGUUUUUGUUUUUGUUUUUUUCAGGGAUGAAAUAAAAUAUAUUAUUUCUACCUA